AUGAGUACAUCGCGGCUUGUACCACCUGCGCCCGCUCUAAGUCUUUGGACUCUGCUCCAGCUGGACUACUCCAACCACUACCCAAUCCUAGCCGCCCCUGGGUUUUUCCAAGAUGGCUCAUUUUAUUCCCCUUCCUCCGCUACGCCACUGAAACCGCUAACACCCUGGUCAACUUUGUGUUCCAUCACCGUGGCAUCCCGUCAGAUAUUGUGUCUGACCGGCGACCCCAAUUUGUCUCGCAAGUCUGGAAGGCCUUUUGCUCCGCCCUCGGAGCAUCGGUCAGUCUCACGUCUGGCUAUAAUCCUCUGUCUAACGGCCAAUCAGGAGCUGGAGGCGGCCCUCCGUUGUCUGGUGGCACAAAAUCACAAGGACUCGUCCCAGUAUCUGGUUCGGAUUGAGUACGCUCACAACGCUCAUCCUUCCUCCGCUACUGGGGUGUCUCCGUUCGAGGCUGCCCUCGGGUACCCACCACCUCUGUUUCCGUCUCAGGAAUUCGAUUUGGCGGUGCGGUCGGUCCAACAACACCUCCAGCGUUGCCAACGCGUCUGGCGCCAGACCAAGGCUGCUCUCCUCCGCACCAAGGAGAGCAACUGCCGCAUCGCCAAUCGACGCAGGGUGGUGGGACCCACUUACCAGCCUGGACAGAGGGUCUGGCUCUCGGCACGUAACAUCCCACUCCAAGACACCUCCCAGAAACUGGCUCCACGGUACAUUGGACCCAACGAGAUUGACAGGAUCAUCAAUCCUUCCUUCCCGGCAGCUCUAAAGGUACACCCUUCAUUCCAUAUCUCACAAAUAAAACCUGUUAUGGACAGUCCUCUGUGCCCGCCAUCCGCUUCCCCUCCAUCCGCCCGUGUCAUCGACGGCGCCCCCUUCACGGUUAGCCGGGUAUUGGAUGUCUGACGCCGUGGCCGUGGGUUCAAGUUCCAGGUCGACUGGGAGGGGUCCAGUAUGAGGAAGCGGGAGAUCCAGGACCGCUCCUCAGGACCGGAACCCUCCCUGAUCGAAGACUUUUACCCGGCCCACCCGGAUCGGCGUCCUGGACCGCCCGGAGGCGGUCGUUGAGGGGGGGGGGUACUGUCAUGGUGCCUCUGUCAGCUUUCCUCCCCCUUGCCUCUCUGCUUGGAUCCCGAUGCAUCCCAGCUGUGUCCACUUACCUCAUCACCGACCAGACCUUAAGGAGAUCCAGAACCAGCAUUCAUCACCAGUUCGUUGCCCCAGAUGGACAUUCUGACCACGAGUGGACACCCGAGUCACCGGAUUACCUGAGUCACAGAACCUCUCGGAACACCAAGAGCCUCCAGCCUCGCCUCGAGCCAACAACAACCUCCAGCCACGCCACGAGUCAACUCCGACCACCAGCCUCGCUUCAAGCCAUAACUACCUCAAGCUCCUUCAUCUGCUUCACUUCAGUCUCCAGCCACGUAAAGAUCUGAAGUCAUCCUGAAAUAUUAAAAUCCUUUAGUUACCA